CGUCCCAGCUGAGUUAGUUGUGCGCGCUUUGGCUACUGACGCCAGUUGGCCAGCUUUUUGUCGAGUCGCAGUUUCGAUCAUCCUGAAAGGCCCUGCUGCGAAGUGAUUGAUAGAAGACACGAUGAUAACGGCGUUUUUCCUGCUGUCGCUACUUCUGAGUGCCUUCGUGGGCGUGAACACUGAAGGAGAACAACUCAUCACCGAUGCAGUCUGUGUGUUUGAAACGGGGACACCACAAGGCUACGUGCAAUUCCACCAGAAACCCGGUCAGCGUGUGACUGUGCAAGGCAACAUAUCUCAACUUGCGCCAGGACUGCAUGGCUUUCACGUGCACCAAUAUGGAGACCUGACGGAUGUUCUCAUUGCAGGUUGCACGUCAGCUGGUUCCCACUACAACCCCUUCGGUAAAAACCACGGGGCUCCAUUUGACGAGGAUCGUCACGUGGGAGACCUUGGAAAUAUAGAGGCAGACGAAAGUGGCUCUGCAGUAUUUGCGCUGACAGAUAGCCAACUAGAACUGAAUGGCAUGCUCUCCAUCGUUGGCCGCUCCAUUGUGGUACACGAAGACAAGGAUGACCUCGGCCGCGGCAACUUUUCAGACAGCCUCACAACCGGACACUCUGGAAGUCGAAUAGCCUGUUGUGUCAUUGGCAUCGCGCCGGACAGCUAGAGAAAAGGGAUUUGGCAGUGGAUAUGCGGGUACUUGUAAUGAUAGGUAACGAGCAGGAGCUCUUGACCUCGCAAGGGUAUUUCUUGAACUGAAGAAAAUAUCCGUUAGUUAGCGCUAAAUAACUUUACUGCACCUAAGAAAAAAAAAUGAUUCUAUAUAUCUCAAAGUAUUAUUUCAUAUAUCUAUAACCGAUCAAGUUUAGCUAAGGGCUACAACGCUCACAUUGCGUACAUUUUCAGCUCUCUUUCAUUCGAGCCAGUUGAUUCACUGUUCUGGCACAGCGUUUUUUAAUAAACGUACCUUAUAUCCCGUUA